AUGGGCAAUAUUGCUUGUCGCAUGACCGAAGCCAAUGCUUUUGCCGGGACGCCACGGCGGUGUGCUCCUAAGCAGCCCCGUGGAGUCGUGUGUCGUGGAUGGCUGCUGACGGUGUGGGCUCUGCCCAAGGCUGAUGCAAGUGGUCAGAUUCAAGAAUCGGUUCACGAGGCUGGCCAGUCUUUGCUCAUUGUUCCUUUUUGCGUUCCGGAUCUGUCAUCACUUUUUCAACUAGUUCGAUUCCGCACACCUUAUUUCUGCUUAUGGUGUUUCCGUUCCGUCUACCCUCCUCGCGAGGCUACCAAUAGCGGAGACAGCGAGAAUGACGCAGAAACAGACAGAGCACGCGCGCAAGCGAAUAAGACGGCAAGACAGUACACAACAAGAACCUACCACUGA